UUAUAACAAAUGGCAUCGCGUGAAAAUGACAGCAAUCGUGCUAUGAACGAAUAAAAAGAAAGAUAAUCUGGAAACACAAACGUUUAAUUUAUUAAUAUUCAUCAAAUGUAGAAUAUUAUUUAAAAACUUAUUACCUCGGGAAUACUCAUGUAGUUCAAUAAAUGUGCUAUACUUUAUUAUUUAGGACCAAAACAAGACCCAUCAGAUGUUUCAUGAUAUGCCAGUGAUAACAUUAUUUGUGUUUCUUUAUCGGAGUUCAUAAUUCGUGAAAAUGACGGAAAAUAAAGCUCUAGUCAUGACGUCUACAAAUGGUUUGCUAGACAAAUCCAAGGAGCUCCAAAAGGAGAUCCUUAUGGAGAAGCUGAGGUCCAAAACAUCUCAAUUUAAAAAUUUGACUGAAACUUCCAAAGCAGUCAGGAUGGCUUUACUGGAUAAAAGAUGGGCAGUAGAUAGUGCUGACCGCAUGACCCUUCAAAAAUGUCUGGACAGUCUACAGCACUGCAUCAAAGUUAGUUCUCUUCAAAGCCUCAUAGAGAGGCUCGAAUGCUUAUCUCGUCAGCUUGGCCUGAAGUUUGUGGUGGGCACGACGGGAGUCAAUCUUUUCAUAUCAUCGGAUAUGUUUUAUUUGGAGAUAUUGGUUGAGUCUUCAGGAUCUGUAAAAGAUGUUAAAAUCCAUCAUGAAGGACGGAUUGAACAACAAAGUUGUGAAGAACUCGUGUCUUGUAUAUCCCGAGGUGAUUUUGCUGACUUCACAGCUCAGUUGGAAGGUCUAACUGCUGUUUACCAAUUAAACGCUGAGAAGAAAGUCAAAUGUAAAGCAUUCAGUGCUCUUCAGAGCUUGGAAGAAGAUCUAUGUACUUUGCGCCAAUUUCAAACUUUCAUCAAAGAUCCGUGGGCACAGGUCCACAAGAGUCCUAUAGGAUUCCUGCAAAAACGUAGAGGAGGUCAUGCAAUGCGCCUUACAUACUUCGUGUCACCAUACGAAUUGCUGGACAAGGAAAAAGGUCUACAACCACUCACCGUUGACCUUCUGACUCUUGGCAAACCAACCGCGUCCAGUGGUCUAGCUUCACUGGUUGCGCCAUCUCAUACACCUAUUGGCCAUUCAGCUACAGUACUUUUGGAAGGAUCUACUGCCAAUAAAUUGCAAUUGUCACCAAUCAUAUCCGGGGGACAGAGACCAGGCAAAGGGAGUGGUCCAGUGUACGCUCAGCUGCUGGUCCCUCAGAACAGCGCCAUGUUGCCCGCGUGCUUCACGCUCAAGCUGUCGCAGCCCACGCCUCUCUGCGCCGGCCUCGCCAAACUCAUCCACGCCACCACAGAGGUGGAAGUAGCUGGUGACUGGGCCAAUGCUAAACCGAUGUUGGGUCUGGUCGCUCAGCAAGCGUACAACAAACUGAUGCCCGGCAAGACGGUGGAGCUCAACCUUAGCAAAGGAUUGUUUGUUAGCUUGCCCGAUCAAACGCAAUGCUACUUCCUGUGCGAAACGCGAGGCCUGGACGGCUGCGUGGUGGGCAGCGUGCCCUUCACGCACCCGUCGCACGUGCCGCCGCUGCUGGCGUGUCUCCGGCAGCAGGCGCUGUUCAAUGCGCUGCUGGCCAGCUGCGUGCGCGCGCAACAUAAGCAAGCGUUCGACCUGGAAAGUACGCUAAUGUUCGAAGUGAGCGCGCUGUCUUGGCAACAUAUCUCCAUCUCGCUGGAACACCCUCUAGAAGAGAGCAUGGCCACGGUGGAGCUGGAGCUGUCGGACCCCGCGGCCCCCCGCGCCGCUGUGCACGCCCUCAAUUCUACGUCGAGGGAACACAUCGAUGAAUACAUCACUAGGGUACUACAGAAAACGCACUCUAUACCUAUUACUCUAAGGUCUCUGGUGAAGAUCUGGGAGCGCGAAGCAGCGACGAAGCAGAUGAACGGCAGCUACUCGGCGUUGGAUUCGAAUUUUAGCUGCGGCCUGGGGGGCAUGGAGCCCGGCGCGGACCUCAAACCUGAGCCCGCCGGCAACAUGCACGGCCGCGCGCUCUACCCCUCCAACCUCAACCCGCACAGAGGCUCCUACCUAUCUGACCAGCAACACCAUUUAACCAUGAUGUGUCAAGAGGCAGACACAAAACCUCAGUCAUCUGAAGAACGGAAAUCGAAAAAGCGCAAAUCGGACGCCGACGUAUGGCCCGGGCAGAAGAAAGGCAAGCCCGGACUGAGUGAGAUGGCAGAUUCUGAGAGCGAGAGCGACAAUUCUGAAUACGUGAACGAAGACGACAACACAAUGAAUAGUAACUCUACAAAUGAAGAUGUUGAAGGGAGAGAGUCGUCGGUGUCGCAAAAUGAAUUUGCUUCGGAUCUGGAACUUUCUGGAAUGGACGCGACGGACGCCAUCAGCGCACAGGACAACAGGAAUUCCUCAGAUAUGGACAACUCUAAUGAUGGAGACGUGGAGGACAUUUUGAGGAAUUCUUUUCAGAAGUCUGACCACAAACGGCAAAAGCUUAAAAGCAAAGAAGAAGUGCGCAGUAGGAGUACAUCCUCACUCCUGUUAGAUCUGACCGAAGGUAAAUCAUUCAUGCCUUCUUCCGUCAGCAUCACGCCCAUAGGGUCUAGCUCCGGGUCUUCGGGCUCCGCCCCCGCGCUACCGGAGCGCCGCCCCGGCAUCGAGAUCAUCCCCAUCUCGGCCGCCACCCCCGCCGCGCUGCCCAGCUCCAUAACCAUCACGCCCAUCACAACUUCGCAACUAAAAUCUCUGGAUGAUCGCAACAGAUCUGAAAAGAAGUCCAAGUCAGGCGAGGAACGCAGCAAGGAGAAGAAGAAGAAAAGGCGGAGGGACGACUCCAUGGGACCUCCAGAAAAAGUUCCUCCGAAACAAGACCCCUUGACCAAACCGGUGUCCGUUAGUAUUAAACCUACAGAUGGCUCCCCCAUGCGGCCGACGUCCCCGAACUCGCUGCUGCGCAAGUUCAGCCCCAGCCCCACCCACGGCCGCGCCGUCUCCAUCACCAAGUCCCCGAGCCCCAGCUCCGCCAAGGGACUGGGGAAGCCGUCCGGCGCCGCCAGCCACCACACCAGCCCGCGACACUCUCCAGUACAGAACAGUCCUAAACACUUGCCAGGUUACUCGAGUCCAAAAAACCACAGCAUCUCUUCUCCUAAACACAGUUCUUCAGGAUCAGGAAAGCCCAGUAUGUCGACUCUGAAGUCGGCGACCAGCGGCUCUCCCUCGAGCAAAUCUGGCACGACUGGCUACGAUCUGACAAAAAAGUUAUCAAAAGAUAGCUACGGCAGCAGUUCCACGACUUCUAGGGAUAAAGAAAAGAAACAUUCCAGUUUAUCUUUUUCUAGUUCCGGUAGGAGCAGUCCGAAACUUAAAACCCCAGUGAAAUUGAAGCAGUUAGAAAUAACCCCCGUGUCUUGUGAUAGUCCGAUGACGGAGCCGUUGAUCUCCCCGCCCAACGUGGAAGUGAGCAAGUCGAGCGCGCCGAGCCAGGCUCGCAACCGCAAGGGCUCCCUCAGCGCCGUCAUAGACAAGCUGAAAUCUGCUCAACACUGCGGCGCGGACACCGAAUCCAGCAGUUCCAAGUCCAGUAGCUCAUCGAGUAGUUCCAACAAAUUUUCUGAUCCAAAAAACGGUAGUGUCAAAGUUGAAAGUAAAAAUCAAGAGUACAUGGUGAAACCUAGUUCGGACGGUAUGAAGAUAACUAUUAACAAAACUAGGACUAAAGAGUCUUCCAGUAGCAGUUCCAAACUAAAUUAUAGUAGUUCCAGUUGUAGUAAACAGUCAUCACCGCAACUCACCCCACCGAGUCAGGGCUCUCCCAAGACCCACACGGGUCUGAAGCCCGGCGUCAUAAGCGGUCCGGCCUCGAAGAAAACCCAAGCUAUGCAGUCGUCCAAGUCUGCAGGUAGUGUGAGUUCAGGGUCCACGCCGCCCAAAGCUAACACGAGCCCUUCAGAAUCAGGCAGCAGCAACGUGCCGAAAGUGCCUUACUCGAAAUCGUCGUCAAGCAACGCCGGGAUCAAUUUAUCAAAAUCCGCAUCAAAAACCAGCUCUGGAUCACCCAAGAGCAGCAGUUCCGACCUUACUAAAAUAAUAAGGGACAGGGAAAGAGAAAAAGCAAGGACCAAACUUAACACUGAGAAAUCAUCAAAUAUUUUCUCGUCAAAGUCGGAACGGCAUUCGAGUCCUAGUGGUUCCCGCGAUGAAGUGGACUCUGAUAGAUUCAAAGCUGCCGCCAAGGAUGCCAAUUUUCUCAUGGAAGGGCUGAUGAAGCCCCUGGACACUAGCAAAUUCCAAAUACCUAAAUUAAAAAAUCAAAGCACACCUGACAAGAACAGUCCAGUUUCACAAUACGACAGCCGAUCUAUGGUGAAUGAUUUCUCGAGGACCAUGGACCAAAAUAAAUACCCUUUUCCCCAUUUCGAUAACCCGAACGCCAGAAGCUCAGACUUACAAAAGUCAGCGUAUCCUUUAAACGUGCCAAAGCCUUUGUUAAACAUGAGCGGGAUAAGCCCGAAAACUGUCAUGCCUAACAAAGGGGACCAAACCGAUAGGCCUUUGGAAUUCUCAAAAGCUAUGGCAGAUAGUUUAAAAGGGGAGAAUCCACAACGCGGUAAAGAUGACACCAAAGAUUACUCUGGGUCGUAUCCAUUGAUGCCUUUAGAUUUUAAAACUGAUAUGGUGAAGGGGUUUCCGGCACCUAAAGGCAGCUCUGAGGAUAGAAAAGGAGCGGAUUCGUGCAUGAAGCCACCAGCGAGCGGUUCGGUGGCGCGGAGUGGUGCCACCACUCCACAAGAAGCCGCUGAAAUGUUAUUAGACUUUUCUUCGUCAUCUGGUAGUAAAGUGUCGGGGAUGGUAGCGGUUCGCUCGAUGUACCCUCCGUCGCCAGCUCUCGGGCUGCAGAUGACGAAGAGCCCCGCCCCCUCGCCGCUGGUGGUGGCACCCUCCCCUCACUCCAACUCCCCCGGGAUCACCGAUGAUGAACUGAUGGAUGAAGCACUCGUCGGGCCCGGGAAAUGAGUGGGAGUUCACUCUACACAAGUAAAACUUCUACAGAGUCUCAAACGAAUUUAAACUUCAAAAGAGGUCCCUUAAAUAGUGUCAAUUAAUUAAAGUAAUUAUUUUAUUACUCUUUUUUUUACUUAUUACUUUUAUUUAAUUUGACGAAUUUAUAACAUAUUCAGUAAUUUAACUGCAAGUUCAUUUCAAUUUAAGACCUCUUUUUCAGUUUACAAAUAGAAGAGAGCCUUACACAUGAUAAUAGCUAUUACUACAUUCAUCGCGUGUGUUAUUUAUUUACAUACCCGCGUGUGUUAUUUAUAAAAUACUUUGAUAAUUUAAAAAUAUACAUACAAGAUGUACAUUAAUCAUCUUUUUGUCUGUAGGUGUUAUUUAAAUUAUGUGUUAAUGUUGACCACCUGAUAUGACAUGUGAUCCACUUGUGUAUACCCAGUAAUCAUAUUUACUAAUAAUAUUGUGUCAUACUUUUAUAUUAUGAAAUAUGCAAAAAGGCGCGAAUAAGUUUCACUUUAACUUAACUAUCCUUAAAAAUCGAAUUUCGAUCCAGUUAACGGCCAUCAUGAGCGUAAUACAAUAAUGUAACCUUUUGUCUUAUAUUUAAGAAAUGUAGCUAUAGUGAACAAAGUAAUUUUUUCAAUCACUGUAAAUAUAAUGAAUUGGUAAUAUAUGAUGAUAUUAUAAAUUAAUUGGUAAGGGAUUUAUGCUUAUAGAUGCAAAGAUUUUUUUGAAAUAAAUGAGUUGAAAACA